AUGAGCGCAGCGGAAAACUCAGAGGCGGACUCCAACAAGCUUGAGAGCGUGAUCCAGAGGCUGGAGGAGAGUGUUCUGUCUGAGGAGAAGCGUCUGACGGUCCGGGGCCCUUCGCCUGAUGCUCCCGCUACAUGUCUGCCAGCACGAGUACGACAGAUCGUCACACAGAACCUCAGUGAUAGCUCGGGGGCCAUGUCCUCGGUCAUGUCCCUCCAGGAGGAGAACCGAGUGCUGCAGGGAGAGCUGGGGAGGCUGGAGGAUCUGCUGGCACACAGCAGGGCAGACCGAGAUGAGCUCGCUAUCAAGUACGGUGCAAUAAGUGAGAGGCUGGAACAGGCGCUACGCUUCGACACGGGAGAGGGCGACCACAGUUCCCCCGACUGCCGCAGCCUGGCUCAGCAGAACGUGGAUCUACGCAGACGGCUGGACGAGGAGCAAGCUUCCUACAAGCGGAAACUCACCGCGUACCAGGAGGGUCAGCAGAGGCAGGCGCAGCUGGUGCAGAAGUUACAGGCCAAGGUACUUCAGUACAAAAAGAGAUGUGGAGAUCUGGAGCAGACGCUGCAGGACAAGUCCUCAGAGCUCCACAAUAGUCCCAAUGACACGUCAAACGGUCGCCAUCAGGAAGAAUCAGGCAGCAACCUGGAAGAUGCUCUAAUCUGUCUGGAGGAAGAACAACAGAGGAGCAGCAGUUUGUCUGCAGUGAAUGCGAUGCUGAGGGAGCAGUUGGAGCAGGCGGGUUUGGCCAAUGAGGCUCUCAGCCAGGACAUCCGCAGGCUCACUGCUGAUUGGACGAAAGCCAGAGAGGAGCUGGAACAAAAGGAGUCCGACUGGAGGAGAGAAGAAGAGUCUUUCCACAGUUAUUUCACCAGUGAGCACAGUCGUUUGCUGAUGGUGUGGCGUCAGGUGGUUGGGUUCAGGAGGCACGUCUGUGAAAUGAAGAGCGCCACUGAGAGGGACUUGUCGGAAAUGCGAAACGAGCUGGCCCGGGUCUCCCACUCUGCUCAGGUGUCCUGUGCAGGUGUGUCCGCCUCGCUGCACUGCCGAGAGGGAGGGGCAGCUCUGGCUCUGGAGGGAGAGAAGGCUCUCAGGGUUCAGCUGGAGCAGCAGCUGAGAGAGCGACUGACGGAGAUGAUGAAUGUUCAGACCAGGACAGACACAGAGAGGAGUGAGCUCAAUACCAAGUUGUCGGAUUGUGUGCGAGAGGCGGAGAGACUAAAGGGCCAAAUGGAGGAGAGAGAGAGAGACGUGGUCAAGCUGACGAGGAGGCUGGAGGAGCAGAGUGGUCAUGAUGAGACUGACAUGCAGAUGAUGAGAGCUCACACUGAAAUGUUGUUGGAGACACUGCAAGACAUUGCACAGACGGUUUUGUCAGACGGAGAGUCAUCAUCUGAAGCGGACCAGGACAACUCUAUGGCUCCUCUGCUGGUCUUGAUGCGCGGCUCGUCCUCUCACCGCUCCUCCUCCUCCAGGAGGUCGUCCUCCCCCUCUCGUCUUUCCCUGCUGGCUGCUCCCACAGAGGCAGCGCUGUCUGCUCUGCGCUCUGCACUCACAAACAAGUUGCUCCAGCUGCAGGAUGUCCGAGGGCGUCUCGUCUCAGCCCAGUCCUCCAUACAACAGUUAAGAAAGCAGCUUUCAGAGGCAGAUGGGACUAAAAGAGACACAGAACAGAGAAACAAAACUCUGCAGAGAGAGAAGGAUGCUGCUCAGAGAGAGCGGGAGACCACACAGAGAGAAAAGGAGCGUCUGAAGCAGGAGAGAGACACGCUGGCCAGUGAUAAGGUUAACUUGGAGAAAAGCGUCCAGGCGGCACAGAGCAGCAACCAGAUGCUGCAGAUGGAGUGCGAGAAGCUGCAGCUGACGGGGGCGUCCACGCAGCGAGAGCGUGAUCACGAGAGGGAGGAGAAGGAGGCCGCCAUUCAGGAGAGAGACCGUGUGAAGGCAGAGACUCAGAGGAUACAGAAGCUGUGGGAUCAGAGCGAGAUUCGAGCAUCCGCUCAGCGUGCAGAGUUGUCUGCAGUGAAGGAAACUCACCAGCAGGGGGAGGUUGAGAGGCAGCUGCUGGAGAGAGAGAAAGCCCAACUUUCUGAGGCACUCGCCAAAACUGAGAGCUGUAAUGCAGAGCUCUCUCUGCUCCUGAACAAGCUGCAGUCUGAGGCCGCAGCUCUCAGAGACUCUCUGGCCAAAAUGGGCCACAUGAAUGAGAGUCUGGUCCAGGAAAAAACUGAACUGAACACUUGCAUAUUACAGAUGGACGAGGAGAGGACCCUCCUGCAGGCUCAGAAACGGCAGGCGGAGCAGGACAAGUUGACCAUCAGGGACGAGCUGGUGCGAUUGGAGCAGGACCGGCUGGAGCUGGACUCCACACGCAUCACUCUGCAGCACUCGCUGCAGGACACUGAGCUGAGCCGGGUUGGAAUGGAGGCAGAGCUACAGAGUCUCAGGGCUGAGAGACUUAAGCUGCAGGAGAAAGUCACCCAGCUCUGUGGCGAGGUGACCUCUCUGGGGUCAGAGUUAAGUCUCUCCAGAGGAGAGGGCCAGAGGAGCGAGGUGGCGUUGGAGGAGGUCGGGCGCGGUCGGGCAGAGCUGGCCCGAGACAAAGCGUCUCUCGUGGUUCAGCUGACGGCGUCUGAGAGAGAAAACACGGUGCUGUCGGAGGAGCUGGCUGCUUACAGGUCGGAACGUGAGUCCCUGGAGACGAGUCUGUUCGAGGUGCAGCAGCAGCUUGUCCAGGUGGAGUCUCGCAGAGAGCAGCUGGAGACAGAGAACCAAACCCUGCGAGUCCGCUCUGAAACUGCCGCUGCUGAACUGUGGCAUCUCCGCUCAGAGGGGGAGAAUAUGUUGACACAGACGGAGCGGGAGAAACAGGCUCUGACUCAGUCUCUAAAUGCUGCACAGCUGGAGGCCCAGCAGGCGUUACGCAAGGCCAUCUCUGAACACCAGGGGGAGGUGGAGAGGCUGGUCUCAGAAAAGGAAAUCUUGCGGCAAUGCCUGCUGGUGGAGCACGAGGUCGCGCUGAGGAAGCUCCGGCAGGAGACGGAGGAACAUCUCCACCGAGCGCAGAGGGAACGAGAGGAGCUGCAGGAGGAACUGAGGAGUCUCCAGCAUGACAGAGACCAGAGUCUGCUGCAGGCCGAGACUGAGAAACAACAGGCUCUUUCUCUGAAGGAGGCAGAGAAGAGUGUUUUGUCUGACAGGGUGAGCAGUCUGCAGGUGGAGCUGUCAGCUGCAUCCCUGGAGGCUGAGAAGAUGUCCAGAGAGGCGAUGCAUUACAAAGAGCAGGAGCAGGUCAGAGUCGGCGCUCUGACCACUGAGCUGCUGCAGCUUCGCUCUCAGCUGGAAGACGCAGCCUGUGAUCACCAACGUCAGCUCCAGAGUGUACGAGAGACUUGUAUCGACCUUCAGUCACGUGCUGAUGUUGCUCUCAAAGAGUUGGACCAGUGCAGAGCUUCUUUCACAGCGACCGAGGAGAGUAGAGACCAGCUGAGGAGGGACGUGAUGGACACCGAGCGCCAUCUCAACCAAACUCAGGACGCAGCAGAAAGCCACAGGAGAGAGAGUAUGGAGCUGCGACGCAACCUCAGUGAUGUCAGCAAGGAGCGGGACACUCUCAGCCAAUCAAACACCCAGCUGAGAGAAAGUCUGCGAGGUGCGGAAACCGAGAGAAUCAGUGUGAAGCGACAGUGUGAGGAGAAGGAGCAGAGGCUCGCUGUGCUGGAGGAGAACUUCUCAUCCGCUCAGAAGGAGGUGGCCGAGCUACGCAGCUGCCUGAGGGAAGUUGAGAGGUCACGACUCGAGGCUCGGAGAGAACUCCAGGAGCUCCGCAGACAGCUGAAGGUCCUGGACAUGGAGAAGGAGCAGAAAGGGAUGGAGGUGGCCGAGCUGCAGACUCGUCUGUCAGUGGAGGAGCAACGAGAUGAGGAGAGAGUGAAAGAUGUUUUCCUCCUCAAACAGAAGUUGAUUGAAGCUGAAGCAGCAAGAGAAUCUCUAAAAAAAGAGCUUUCCCUGAUUCAAAAGCGCCUGGUGGAGUCUGAGUCUGGCUGGCGAUUCUGCGAGAGGGAGCUGAGCGCUCAGCUGCAGGAGGCACGUGGCUGUGAGAAGAAGCUCCAGGAUGAAUCUAAGAACCUGUCGCUGCGCGCUCAGACGGCCCAAGACUCUACUGCUCAGUCCAGCCUGCAGCUGAGCGAGGCCCAGGGCCGCCUGGCCGCCACAGAGGCCGAGCUGACCAGGGCCGAGGCUGGGAGGAGGGACCUGGAGUUUCGUCUCCACAGCCUCCAGUCGGCACUGACGCGAACGCUGGGCAUCGGAGCAGGUGGCAGAGGGGGGCGGGGGCGGAGCCCGGGGGGGAGCUCCAUGUCACCCUGCAACAUAUCACGCCACCACAGCAUCUCACCCCUGCGCUCCUCACUCUCACCUCCUAAAGAAUUUCACGUGAGCACCCCUGACAACACUUUAGGCUCAGCGGCUGUGUCUCCUGAGAGAGGGGAAACACCGCUGCCUCUCCUUCAGCCCGAGCUGGACCCCGACACACUGCGAAGUGGUCUGAGAGAGUUCCUCCAGGAACUGCGAGACACACAGAGGGAGCGGGAUGAUGCUCGAUGCCAGCAGGGGGCCCUGCAGCGGGAGCUGGAGGAGCUCACGCGGGAAAGAGUCUCUGCUCAGAGUCGUCUGACUCAGCUACAAAACACUUUACAAGAAUACCAAGAAGGGAGGCGUGGUCUGGAUGAGCGUUUGACCACGACACAGAUGUUACUCCAGCAGCAGGAGGAGACAGUGAGGAGAGGAGACAGAGAGAGGAGAGCUCUCAGCGACCGGGUGAAGGACUUGGAGCGAAUGCUGCAGGCGUCUGAGACGGACAAAAAACACACACAGGAUCAGCUGAAUAAGCAGCGCGCUGUUGAGAUGCGUCUGGAGGCCGAGAGGAAGCGUCUGCGGGAGGCUCUGGAGGCGGCUGAAGCUCGCGCCACCAGGGUGGAGCUGGGGAGGCGCAGUCUUGAGGGGGAGCUGCAGAGACUCAAGCUGAGUCUGGGAGACAGGGAGGCAGAGAGCCAGGCCUCCCAGGACCGACAUGACUCUCUACUCAAACAGGUGGCGGAGGGAGACGCCCAGGUGUCUCUGCUACAGAGAGAGGUGGACAGGCUGAGUCAGGCUCUGCUCAAAGCUCAGGAAGUUGAAUCUUUAGUCCGAGAGAAGAACAUCUCUCUGAACCAGAACCAUCAGGAGGCGGCGGCCGCUCAGAGCAGCACACAGAGUCGAAUGGUCGCUCUGCAGAAGACACUGAGUAUGGCCGAACAGGACAAAACACUUCUACAGGAACGAAUGGAUGAAGUCCGGGCCUCAUAUGGUGAGGCGAGGAGGAACGUGGCCACCCUCACUGAGCGCGUGCAGAGCCUGCACAGUGAGCUGAACCAGAGUGAGAUGAGACGGGAGGAGCUGGAGGCUGAGCUCAGCAACGCUCAAGAGGCUCUGCGUCAGCGCUCCGCCGCCCUGGUGGAGGCGCAGCGCAGCGCCCAGUCAGCUCAGACAGAGCGGGUGGCUGUGGAGGAGAGACUGCGUGGGCUGCAGCGAGCGGUCGCCAUGCUGGAGACGGAGAAGAAGGACGCUGAGAGACAGGCUGUGAGGCUGGAGAAGGACAAGAACGCCCUGAGGAGCACCCUGGAUAAGGUUGAACGUCAGAAGCUGAAGACGGAGGAAGGCAGCAUGAGACUGUCUGCAGAGAGAAGUCGCUUGGAUCGCUCUCUGAACACGACUGAGCAGGAGCUGCAGGAAGCACAGCAACAGAUACUGAUGCUGCAGACUCAGCUGGCUGAGAUGGAGCAGUCGCACAGUCUCUGUGAGAGUUUGGGGAGGCAGCGUGAAGAGGCCCAGCGGGAGGCAGAGAGACUGAGGACGGGCUUCAGGGACAUCGAGCGCACUCUGGGCACCAGAGAGCGAUCUCACCGACACCGGGUCAAAGGCCUGGAGGAGCAGGUCUCCACCCUGAAGGAGCAGCUGCAGCAGGAGAUUAAACAGCGGCCACCUUCUCUCACUUCGUCCUUACCAUCGACCUUAAACUGAGAUUCAGCUUAAACCCAGAAUCACCAGCCGUCCAGGGAAAAUCUACAUCCAUCAUGAGUCUGAAAGCAAUAUUCACCCAUGGAAACACACAGAGUGUUCACAUGUUCUAACUCUACUGUUAAAAAAUAUAUGUUGUACUGUGUGACUUUGAAAUGAAGACUAGUCUGAAUUCGAUGGCGUUACCUUACAUUAAAAACACUAAACUCAAACUGUAGGACUGCCGCACACGACAGGCGAGGGAGUGAUGGGAUUCAGCAGCUGUGCUCAAAAUGCCAGCAGCCUGCUGAUUACUGGCAAGCAUCUACAUUUGAUCCUUGCCCAACAUCUUCCCAAAAACGUCCUGCUCUCACUCAAGACAAAAGAAACCCGAAUCACUGCAGGAUUCUCCUCCAGACACAAUCUGGAUGUGGUGCAGGACAGAAACUCUGCCAGUUUGGCCUCCAUUCCUCCACAUAUUAGCAGCGGAGAACAUAGAAAGAGGGAAGAAAGGUCUUCACUGUGUGCGAGUGCCAGGAAACUAAACAAUUGACCAUAAUGAAGGAACUACACCAUAUUUUUUCUUAGAAACCGACACAGAUUUGACUGAUUAUAUGAAUAGUCUAUUUUAUAACUGAGAAAUGGGCCAGAGGCUGUGAAGUGCGGCAGUGGGAGGGUUUACUUACAGUAUUUGUGUUUUUAUUAGUUAUUACUAGUUUUAUUAAGUGUAAAUUCUUUUAUUUUUACCGACCGUAUGUAGGACACUGAUGAUUAAUAAGAGAAAUUGUUGGGACAGUAUUCAUAAAGCUUUAGGGGGAAAAACUCACUGUGUGCAUCAUUCUUGUCUUUCAGAAAUACUGAGUAGGAAUGAAAUGAAGAGUAUUUGGGCCGCUUAAAUAUUAAAGAAUCUAUGAUUUCAA